AUGCGGAACUUCCCAAAGAGCUGGGUAGCAGAAGGCGCCGUGGCAGGACUGCCGGCCCGAGUCCACAAGCUCCUGUCACGCUUUGGAUCCCUUCAAGGGGAGCCUGAGAUUUUCGAUGGCGGGUUCGACGUGUCUGCUGUGACUGCCAUUGCCUGCUUCGAGACCAUCGAAGCAGCUCAGGCCGCUGUGCAGACGCUUUGUGGAGCCGACAUGCGCACUAACAUCGAGAAAAAGGCUGCUGGCAACAAGCCGCCGCUGGACUCUGAGCGGUUUUGGGCCCAGCUCAAGGCGGCCCCUGCGCCGGCUGCUCCUUCAGGGGUUCCACAGGUGCCAAGGAGCGCUUCCUCGGCACCAGCUCAAACACCGGAAGUGAAAGCAGAAUCAAAGGGGGAAGCAAAAGGAGAAGCCCGAAGGGCUAAACCCUCCGUGCCUUUGCCUCAUGGAGAAACAGAGGAGUCUUACAUCCUCGUCCGCGGCUUUCCUGCAAGCUGGAAAGAGCCGCAGGUCAAAUACCUGUUCGUGGUAUUCGGUGGCACAUCCUCGGUGAUCUUCGUUCCGGAUCCUGAGUUUGGACGAGCUGCACAAGUCAUGCUGAAGGAUGCCGCGGCACUGGCAAGAGCGGCAAGCUCCCUCAAUGAGAUGGUGGCGAACUUAGAUGGGAAGCAAGAAUUGGAUUGUGACAUGAUCGAAGAGUGCCACAUCUUGUGUUCGCGCGGGCCGCACGUCUUGGGAAGACAUGAGCAGCAGCGCCUUGACGCACAGGAGCAGCGCCAGCGGAAGGCAGAGGUCAAGGCAGCAGAAAAAGAAAAGAAGCGGGAGGAGAAGGAGCGCCGACGUCGUGAGAAGGAGGAAAAGAGGAGAAGACAAGCAGCAGAGCAGGAGAGGAUAAAUGAGGAGGAGCGCUUGCGGCAGGAAGCCGCCGAGGCGGAACGCCAGCGCUUGGAGGCUGAGGAAGAAGCACGCUUAAAGCGGCAAGUCGAAGAGGAGGAGGAGCAGCUCAGAAGGGAGGCUGAAGAGGAAGAAGAGCGGUUGAGACAGGAGGCCGAAGAAGAGGAGGAGCGCCUCAGGCAGGAGCAGCUUGAGAUGGAGGAGCUCCAGCAAAGAGAAGAGGAGGAGCUUCGGCAGCUCGAACGACGGGAAGCCGAGGAGGCCCAGCGCCGUCGGCGAGCUGCAGAGGAGGCCGAACAGCGCAUGUGGGAGGCAGAGGAGCGAAGAAGGAGAGAGGCAGAGGAGGAAGAGAGAUUACGAAGAGAAGCUGAAGAAGAGGAGGAGCGGAUGCGAGCAGAAGCAGAGGAGGAGGAGAGACUCAAAAGAGAGGCAGAGGAGGAAGAGGAGCGCCUCCGACAAGAAGCGUUGGAAGAAGAGGAGGAGCGCCGUGCUGCCGAGGAAGCGAGAGAGGCGAGACGAGCAGAAGCCGAGGCCGAAGAGGAGCAUCGUCGGCAAAUGGCUGAAGAGCUCCAGCGCCAGAGGCAGUUCGUGGCCGAGGAAGCUCUGGCAACGGACGAGGACCGACAGCCAAGCCGGCAGCACGACAGACGCAAGGAUCGAUCCAGAAGCCGUUCUAGUCACGAAGCAGCAAAGCGGAGAAAGAAGCAGAGACGCAGUGCUUCCAGAAGCCGUGUGCGGCGCAAGGAGCACAAGAAGAAGCGACGUAAAUCGGUUUCCAGAUCUAGGAGCAGCAACAACCAUGCACGGCCUCACCGAAGCCGGCGGAGGGCGAGCUCGGGAUCCCAAAAAGAGGAGCAGCGACGCACGGAAGCUCACAGCAAUGGGAUACCUGUGGUCCACCAACCCGACGAAGCAUCCAGUUUCCUGGUCCCGCCUCUGGUUGAAGCUCUUUCUCAUCCGGAUCAUGAUGCGGAUGGUGUACCAGCGAAGCAGCCAGCUCCAGUUCCAGAACACGCUGGAUUCGGCAGCCUUCCGCGACCACAGGACCCUGCAGAUCCGGCGCUGGAGUUGCCGGUUCCGACGCUUCCGGAGAGUGCAGCGGACAGCCAACCAGUCCACAAAGCCUUCGAGCCAGCCCUGGCGCCUCUGGCAGAGCCUCUGGCAGCGCCUCAGGUGAAAGCGGCGCCGAGAGGCGCCUUCACGAUGGCUUGGGGUGCUGCGCCUACCCGCAAAGCCAGCCCUGCAGUUCCAGCACCAGUGAAUCUCUAUCAGCAGCAGUUUGCUCAUUGGCAGCAGCAGCAGCAAUUGGUCCAGGAGCAGCACCGCAGAGACUUGGAGCGGCAAAAGCGCGAGGAGGAGGAGCUGAAGCAGGAACUGGAGCAGCAGCUUCUUCAACAGCAGGCGAAAGAGGAGGCGGCCCGGGCCCGCGCCGCAGAGGAGGCUGCGGAGGCCGAACGUCGCGAAGCGGCCGCGGCCGCCGAGGCCGCGGCCGCGGCCAAGGCGGCCAAGGAGGAGGAGGAAAGAAGAGAUCGGGAACGGCAGGAAGCUGAGGAAAGAGCAAAGCAGGCGGAGAGGCAGCGCAUCAUGCAAAUGUGGCAACAGGAGGCAGCUGGCCAAGAAGCGGCGUCGAGAGCGCAGUUGGCGCACGCAAGCGCUGACCAGCUAACGGCGCACUUCUGGGGCCUGCCAGCGCAACCUGUGUCCACGACACCUGCUUUUCCACCGGGCCACAUGCAGCACUUCCUGGACCAGCAAGUCCAACCACAGCAUGCACCUGCAGCUCCCAACGUUCCCCAGUCACUUCCACAGCAUCUGCGCCCGCAAUUGCUGCAGGCGGCACCCGUGCAACAUCCUGCAGGUGGACCCGUGCAGCCUGCGGAGCAGGACCGCGACGACCUCACCGAGGCCUCCGAUGCUUCGCCGCAGGUGCCGGAGAACGACGAUGCUGACACAGAGGCACCAACCGAAGAGUCCGACUACGAUCCCUUUGCCGGCGCAAAUGCGGCACAGGCUGCUCACUCUGCGAAGAACGAGAAGGAGUACAAUCCCUUCGAACAGGCGGAGAGAGAUGCAGCAGCUGCAGAGGAUGACGAGGAGGACGAGGGAGCCUUUGAGUCCCUCAUUGAGAUGCUUCGAGCAGCGGAACGGGAGGGUGGCUCCGCCUCGUCGAGGUCUGUCGACCCCGCCCCGGCGCCACAGGCGGCACAACAGCCGCGACCGACGGACACAGGCGAAGAGCAUUUCGCAAAGGCCAAGGCGAAGCCCAAGACUGAAUACCAUUUCAACAGCGCCACGCAGCGGUGGGAGCCAAAGGCAGCGCCGCCUUCUCCUCCGAAGCCAGAGCCCUUCCGCCCCGGUCCUGCAAUGCCAAGACAGCGGCCUCAGUACCAGCAGCAGGUUGUGCCGCCGCGGCCGAUGGCACCGCAAGCGACGCAUGCGCCGCCUCGAAGGCUGGUCAUUGCAGAAUGCGAGGCGGAAGCGCGGGCAGACGCUGCGAGCGGCAGCUGCAGUGUGGCACAGGCCCUUGCCGUGCGCUUAGCCCUGCGCUUCGAAUCCAGACCGAAGGAUAUCCUGGUGAGCAUGAGUGAAGCCGGUCUUCCUGCUGCCAAAGAUCAGCGCUCGACGGUGAAGACCAUCAUGCGGCUCUGCCACCCGGACAAGUGCAAACACCCCGAGGCCAAGCGAGCGAUGCAGAUCCUGGGGCCCCUGCUGUCCUGA